AUGUUUCAAAAAACCUCUUCCUUUGCGCAACCUUUGCUCAGCAUUGACUGGAGCGAUAGAAAAUUCCUCGAUGAAUCUUCGUACAAUCCCGUAGAAGCAAAUGGGCACUCGCCCAGGCUUGUGCUCAGUCCUUGGAGCGAAUGCUCAACCACAUGUGGUCCCGGUGUCCAAACGAGAACUGCGGAGUGCAUGGCAGCUCAUCCCAUGGCUGGCAUGAUUCGUUUACCCUAUUCUGAAUGUCAAUCUCAGCCGCAGCCGUCGCUGUUUGAACCUUGCGAAACCCGUCCAUGCCCACUUCAAGAAGAUCCCAAGACAAACCAUGAGGAAACACCAUUUCGAUGGGAAAACGGGGAUUGGGGACCGUGCUCGGCCAGUUGCCUUGGAGGUAAACAAAAAGCGGCACUUCUAUGUAGGGAGACUGCAACAGGAAGAGCGGUGCCGUGGUCCCAAUGUGACGCAAGAACUCGUCCACCUCAGCUCGUCCGUCAGUGCAAUCAACAUGCUUGUCCUCCAGUUUGGCAGGUUGGAGUCUUUGGACCCUGCUCAGUCACUUGUGGUGGUGGUACUGCCACUCGUUCCGUAAGCUGCAUUCGUCCUGUAAGCCGUAGUGGAGGAGCAGACGCUCACAUCGUUCUUCGCGACGUCGAAUGUAAUCUGCCCAAACCAAGUGAAACCGAAGCUUGUGGUGUCGUACCGUGUCCUGCGAGUUGGAUUAUCGGGGAGUGGACCGAAUGCUCUGCAUCAUGUGGAUCAGGUGAACAAAGGAGAUCAGUUAUGUGUGAGGGAAGAGAUGCAAGAGGUCGAAGGGAACGGCGUGCGGAAAAUGAAUGCCCUGCUGAAAAACCUCCAUCUGUGCAAAUGUGUAGUCUAGGCUCCUGUGAAAAACCCCAACUUCUUUCGAAUCGCGUUUUCGAGCAAAAUGCAUCCGAGAAAAAGUUAACCCUUGGAAUUGGCGGAGUAGCAACUCUUUAUCAGGUGUCAGCCAAUGGAAACCUUCGUCUCUUCCACGCCCGAAUGGAGGAUGCAGGUUUGUACGAGUGCUACACAGAUGCACUCCAAGGAAACGUUACUUUGCGAUUCAAAUAUCGCGAUGAUGACAAGCCUCAUCCUCCCCGUUUGUCAGAUCUAGCAAAAAGCUUGAAGGGAAAAGGCAAGAAUGCGUCACUUUUUGAGGCAAUUCUUUCCGCUGGCAGUUAUGCAGAAGUUGCUCGUGAACUGCAAAAGCAUCGCGACACUAUUCGCGCUCGUUGGGAAAUUGGACACUGGACGGAUUGUAAGCAGAGCACUUGUGGAGUUGCUGGUUACCAGGCUACCCAACGUGUAGGCAGAAGUCCGGAAAUAUGUGUGCAGGCACGAGAAGUGACAUGCAGCGUAAUGGUAGAUGGGACGAGAAAGACUGGUGAUGAACGUCUUUGCACUGCUUUAGCUGCAGCUCGUCCUCCGGAAACGCGACCAUGCCAUCGAGAAGAAUGUCCAAAAUGGGAUGCUAGUGAAUGGACCGAGAGUUAA